AUGGACGCCGCUCAAGCAAAGCGCAAUCGCCUACCCUUCAAACCACCCCGACGCCAGUCAGAAGGCACGAAUGGCUCUACAACAAACAAAACAACAUCCAAGACGACUUCUCGCAAACCGUCCUCGACAACCACAGCCUCAGCAUCAAAAUCAACCUCGAAGACAAAGACGACUACCUCAAAAUCAUCCUCAUCAAAAGCAAAAUCUACUGCAUCCAAGACACCAGCCUCGAAUUCGCGAAAACGAAAAGCUCAAUCGAUAACAAUAUCGUCCGACUCCGAAGACUCCAACGCAUCCAACCCCGGCAAUGAUAGCGACAACGAAGACAAUCAUAGCACAAGAAGCGCGUCUCCCUUUACAGAACCAGACUAUAUCCUCGCCGAAAUCGUCACCACAAACAACAAAUCGCGGAACAUUGAAUCCGACGAGCCCGGGAUACCACCCAAGCUCCUAACUACGAUUUUACACCACCACUUUCAAAAUAAAAAAACCAAAAUCACGAAAGACGCGAAUGAGGUUGUAGCCAAGUAUAUGGAUAUAUUCGUGAGGGAAGCGUUGGCGCGGGCCGCGUUUGAGAGGGCAGAUGCGGCGAAUAAGGAUGGAAGCGGGAGGUAUGCCGAAGAUGGGUUUUUAGAGGUCGAAGAUUUGGAGAAAUUGGCUCCCCAGAUGUUGCUCGAUUUCUGA